AUGGGGUGCAAGAGCUGGAGCUCUACGGCCCGGCCGUGCGACUCCUGCAAGGCAGCGCCGGCCGCCGCCUUCUGCCGAGCCGACUCCGCCUUCCUCUGCGCGCCCUGCGACGCCGCGUCCCACGGCGGCGCAUCCGCCGCCCUCCACCCGCGGGUCCCGGUGUGCGAGGUCUGCGAACAGGCCCCAGCGGCCGUCACCUGCCGGGCCGACUCCGCCGCGCUCUGCCGCGCCUGCGACGCCGACGUCCACUCCGCCAACCCCCUCGCCCGCCGCCACGAGCGGGUCCCCGUAGAGCCCACCUACGGCGCCGCCCCUGCCUCCUCCUCCGCCGGCGGCGCCGGCGAGGAGGCAUCCGAGGCGGAGGCCGAGGCGGCCUCGUGGCUCCUACCCGACCCGAACAGGAAGCUCGGCGAGGAGCCCGGGUCGCCCGAGUACAAGUCGGCGGGCGGGUUGUACGGCGAGACGGAUCCAGAUCUGGGCCUCGAGUUGGUUACCGGAAAGCCGAAAACGGGUCGUCCUGCCAUUGCUGAGGAGAAACAUUAUUCGACCGAUGGGGUUGUGCCAGUUCAGGGGAAGAACGAAUACGGGUCGGGCCAGUACUCGGGUCUUGUCGUCGACGGGUUUCCGGCUUACGACGUGGGUUAUUAUCACCCGGGUUCUUUGACCAAGCCGAUCAUUUACAACUUCACCUCACAAUCCAUUAGUCUAAGUGUAGAUUCACCAUCCUUAGAUGUGGGAGUUGUGCCGGACCACACAUCAUUGGCCGAAAUAUCCGACGCCUUCCCUAGCAACAACCCCAUUGCUAUUCCAACUCGACUCUCGGCUGUCGACAGGGAAGCUCGAGUUUUGAGGUACAAAGAGAAGAGAAAGAAUCGGAAGUUUGAGAAAACCAUACGAUACGCCUCGAGAAAAGCGUAUGCAGAGACGAGACCAAGGGUCAAGGGGAGGUUCGCCAAGCGCUCGGGAAAUGAAGUUAUUACUUCGUAUGGUGUUGUCCCGAACUUUCUAAAAGUUUGA